UGCAAUUCAUGGGCCACUUCUUGACCCCUUUAAAGAUAGGCGCCCACAAAACCUCCAUGAAGUAGGUUAUGAUAGAGAACUUCUAUUAUCUCUGGAAGCAUCUCCUUCUCACGUAACCCUCACAUUUCUCAACCGUGCCACCGUCUUCGACGGAUCGAGUGUAGAAGAAGAGAAUCGAGGUACCUCCGACGAGGUGAUAGUGGAGAGUGAUGGCCGAAAGUUCUUCUAUUGAACCGCCUGAAUUUCCAUUAAAAUCAAAUUAUAAUGUCCUUGCCAUUGAUACUGACCUCAAAGUUCUUGAAUUCAUCGAGAAAUCAUGCAACAAGUAUUCUCAUCAAGUUAAGAUAUGCUCUGAAACUUCAAGUGCGAUCAAACUUUUGCUGGAAGAAGGAGUAGAGUUUGAUUUGAUUAUCAUGGAACUCCAUAUGCCAAUGAUUGAUGGCUAUGAAUUUCUGGAAAUGCUCGAUGAUGAAGCAAUUGAUGUUCCUUUCAUCAUGAUGUCUGAGGAUCGUACUCCGCUUUCCCAAAAGAAGGCUUUUAAACAUGGAGCUUGCGAUUAUUGGAUUAAACCCUUCUUUAAGAAUGAGUCUUUGUUCGAGAAUAAGAAGUUGUGGUCACCUAUGUAUCGACAUCAUUUCUACUUCAGGCGCAAUAUCUUGGAAGAAGAUGAAGAAAGUGAUGAAAAAGGUGAGACAGGUAAUAACUCUGAUGGAGAAGCCGAAGCCGAUGAUGAUACUCUCCAUAAGAAAGAAUAGCCUAGUAUAACAGACUACUGCAACAUAUAUAGUUAAGAAGUCAAAAAGCUGCCAUAGCUGAAUAAAGAGACUGUGAAGAAUAUAAAAUUACUAUUACUAUUAAAAUAGUUCAUUUCCUUCAUUAAUACAUUGUUAUUCUUAUU